AUGGCGCCCAGCUUCUUACCUUUGAACUUUUCUCCCACCCUACACCUCACUGCCGCCCUACGGAAACGCUCAGACUCGUGCGACAACGACUAUACAGCUGCAUGCACCACGCACCGUACCAUUCUCCUCGUCGCCUCGCUCAUCGUCUGCGCCGGCCUUUGCAUCGGCUUCAUUGUGCUAUCCAUUCUGAAACGGAACCGAAGCAGAGCCAAUCAAGGCCUCACACUCAGCAACGGGCCAAACAAAGGCAUGUACAGUGAACUCAACCGAAUGGAACGACAAGCUGGGUUUGCGCCAGCUCGACUGCCUUCGGAGCGCGUGUACGAGAACGGGGAUAUGCCUGGAAGAGCCGAGUACAGCUGGAGAAAGGGGCAUGGGUGGGGCGGCGACGAGACUGCGAGAUACGAGGCCCCGCCGCCAUAUACCCCCAGGGCACCCGAGGCUGCUAGGAUGAAUCGCUAA